CGGCUCCUGCCGCGGGUCCCGCCCGGUCCCGCCCCCGGUGCGGGCGGAGCGGCGAGCGGCGGCGCUGACUGCGGCGGAGCAGCAUGGCCACCACCGUGCCCUGCACCCGCUUCACCGACGAAUACCAGCUCUACGAGGAGAUCGGCAAGGGCGCGUUCUCAGUGGUCCGGCGCUGCGUCAAGCUCUGCACCGGCCAUGAGUACGCUGCCAAGAUCAUCAACACCAAGAAGCUCUCCGCCAGAGACCACCAGAAGCUGGAGCGGGAGGCACGUAUCUGCCGGCUGCUGAAGCACUCCAACAUCGUGCGGCUCCACGACAGCAUCUCAGAAGAGGGCUUUCAUUACCUCGUCUUUGACCUGGUGACAGGUGGCGAGCUCUUCGAGGACAUCGUGGCGCGCGAGUACUACAGCGAAGCUGACGCCAGCCACUGCAUCCAGCAAAUCCUGGAGGCUGUGCUGCACUGUCACCAGAUGGGGGUUGUGCACAGGGACCUUAAGCCGGAGAACCUGCUCCUGGCCAGCAAGUGCAAAGGGGCAGCCGUGAAGCUGGCCGACUUUGGCCUUGCCAUCGAGGUUCAGGGUGAUCAGCAGGCCUGGUUCGGCUUUGCGGGCACUCCUGGCUACCUGUCACCCGAGGUGCUGCGCAAGGAGGCCUAUGGCAAACCUGUGGACAUCUGGGCCUGCGGUGUUAUCCUGUACAUCCUGCUGGUGGGCUACCCGCCCUUCUGGGACGAGGACCAGCACAAACUCUACCAACAGAUCAAGGCCGGUGCCUAUGAUUUCCCUUCGCCCGAGUGGGACACGGUCACCCCCGAAGCAAAAAACCUCAUCAACCAGAUGCUGACCAUCAAUCCUGCCAAGCGCAUCACAGCCCACGAAGCCCUCAAGCACCCGUGGGUCUGCCAACGCUCCACCGUGGCCUCCAUGAUGCACAGGCAGGAGACAGUCGAGUGUCUCAAAAAGUUCAACGCCCGGCGGAAGCUCAAGGGCGCCAUCCUCACCACCAUGCUGGCCACCAGGAACUUCUCAGUGGGCAGACAGACCACCGCUCCUCCGACCAUGUCGGCGGCCGCUGCUGGGGCCCCCCUGGGGCUGGUGGAACAAGCAGCCAAGAGUCUGCUCAACAAGAAGGCAGAUGGUGUGAAGCCCCAGACCAACAGCACCAAAGGCAGUGCCGGUGUCACCAGCCCCAAGGGGACGCUGCCCCCCGCCGCGCUGGAGCCUCAAACUACUGUAAUUCAUAACCCCGCGGACGGCAUCAAGGAGUCGUCCGAUAGCACCAACACCACCAUCGAGGACGAGGACACCAAAGCCCGCAAGCAGGAGAUCAUCAAGAUCACGGAGCAGCUCAUCGAGGCUGUCAACAACGGGGACUUUGAAGCCUACGCGAAGAUCUGCGACCCAGGACUCACCUCCUUCGAGCCUGAGGCCCUGGGCAACCUGGUGGAGGGCAUGGACUUCCACCGCUUCUACUUCGAGAACCUGCUCUCCAAGAACAACAAGCCGAUCCACACGACCAUCCUGAACCCCCACGUCCACGUCAUCGGCGAGGAUGCCGCCUGCAUCGCCUACAUCCGCCUCACCCAGUAUAUCGACGCCCAGGGCCGACCCCGUACCAGCCAGUCCGAGGAGACCCGCGUCUGGCACCGCCGCGAUGGCAAGUGGCAGAACGUCCACUUCCACGGCUCGGGAGCUCCCGUGGCCCCGCUCCAGUGAAGAGCUCGCGGUGGCUGUCCUGGUUCCAGCCCGACGGAGACGGCAAUGGGAGCCGAGCCGGCAGCCGGAGCUGCGGCCCCGAAGCACGCGUCCGCAUGCCUGUCCCCCCUCCGCCCCAGCCCCUGCUCCUGCCCCUUCCAGUGCCUGUGUUUGCAGA